AUGGCCGAGAGUACAAUUCAUGUAGUGAUGCUUCCAUGGUCUGCCUUUGGUCACUUAAUACCAUUUUUCAAACUUUCCAUAGCCUUAGCCAAAGCUGGUGUUCGUGUCUCCUUCAUAUCAACUCCAAAAAACAUUCAAAGGCUUCCCACACUCCCUUCAACUUUGGCUCAUUUGGUUGAUUUGGUGCAACUUUCUUUCCCAUCAUUGGAUAAAGAUCUCUUGCCAGAAGGUGCUGAGGCCACACUAGACAUUCCAUUUGAAAAAAUUCAGUACUUGAAGUUGGCAUAUGACCAAAUGCAACAUUACGUGAAGCAAUUUGUGGCCAAUAAGUUACCAGAUUGGAUAAUUUGUGAUUUUAGUCUCCACUGGAUCCCAGACAUUGCCCAAGAGUUUAAGGUAAAGUUAAUAUACUAUUCUGUUUUCUCUGCUUCUUCAAUGACAACCCUCGGACCAAGUACAAGGAAAGUUCCCAUAUCUCCAGACAGUCUAAUAGUACCACCUGAGUGCGUGACAUUUCCAUCAUCAGUGGCUUUUCGAAGACACGAGGCAAUAGCUUUUUGUGCUGAUGCCAACCAAAAAAAUGCUUCAGGGAUAAGUGACUUGGAAAGGCUUGCCAAGGUAUUCAUUUCCUCUGAAGCUGCAUUAUUUCGCAGCUGCUAUGAGAUUGAAGGAGAAUAUCUGAAUGCAUUCCAAAAACUAGUUGGGAAGCCUGUGAUUCCCAUAGGUUUAUUGCCCAUAGAAGGGGCAGAGAGAGAGAGAAUUGAUGAGUGUAGUGGUGAUAUAUUUGAGUGGCUUGAUAAGCAAGCAUCCAAAUCAGUUGUAUUUGUGGGGUUUGGCAGUGAGUGCAAGCUGAGCAAGGAUCAAGUUUUUGAGAUAGCUUAUGGACUUGAGGAGUCUCAAUUGCCAUUUUUUUGGUCAUUAAGAAAACCAAGUUGGGCAAGCACUGAUCAGGAUUCUGUACCUGUCGGUUUUAAGGAAAGGAUAUCUAACAGAGGAAUUGUUUGUAUGGGAUGGAUACCACAACAGGAAAUAUUGGCACAUCCAUCUAUUGGGGGGUCUUUGUUUCACUCGGGCUGGGGCUCAGCCAUUGAAGCCUUGCAGUUUGGUCUCAGCCUAGUUGUAUUACCCAUCAUUUUAGAUCAACAUCUUAAUGCAAGGUUUUUGGUGGAAAAGGGUCUAGCCAUCGAAGUGAAAAAAAAUGAAGAUGGGUCAUUCACUGGAAAUGACAUUGCCACAUCCCUUAGACAAGCUAUGGUAUUGGAGGAAAGUAAGAAGCUCGAAAUGAAUACAAGAGAAGCUGCUUCAAUUGUAGGAAACUUGAAGCUACACCAGGAUCAUUACAUAGCUGCAUUUGUUCAGUUUCUUAAGGAUGGAAUCUGGAAACAAACAUGAAGUUGUAGAGUUUGCAGAAUUUUUUUUGGACUGAUAGUCACUAAGUUUUUACUCGUCUUUCGGGUUUAUAAAGGGUCAUG